AUGAGACUUACCAACUUGAUUCUGGCCGCAAGUGCCGCUGGUUUAGCUUCUGCCUAUCCUCGUCCGAGGGACGUUGUUCCCAAGCGCGACAGCAUUGCCAAGAAGCGCUCUUCUGGCUUUACCUGGGUCGGCGUCAGUGAAUCCGGUGCAGAGUUUGGUUCUGCUAUCCCUGGAACUUUGGGUACGGACUAUACUUGGCCCACCACAUCUAACAUCAAGAUUCUGCGGGAUGCCGGUAUGAACAUCUUUCGGGUUCCCUUCUUGAUGGAGCGUCUGGUGCCCGACAGCAUGACUGGUACUCCGGCUGCCACCUACCUGGCUGAUCUCAAGACCACGGUGAAUUUCAUCACCGACAGCGGCGCUUAUGCGGUCCUUGAUCCCCACAACUAUGGAAGAUACUCUGGAAGUAUCAUCGAGUCGACCGCGGACUUCAAGACCUUCUGGAAGACAGUGGCCGCCGAGUUCGCCGACAACGACUUGGUCAUCUUCGAUACCAACAACGAGUACCACGACAUGGACCAGACUCUGGUUCUUGACCUGAACCAGGCUGCCAUCGACGGUAUCCGUGCCGCAGGCGCUACUACCCAGUACAUUUUCGCCGAGGGCAACGCUUGGACCGGUGCCUGGUCGUGGACUGACAACAACGACAACAUGAGCGGCCUCACUGAUACCGAGGACAAGAUCGUCUACGAGAUGCACCAGUACCUCGACUCGGACAGCUCUGGUACAUCCGAGACCUGCGUCAGCAGCACCAUCGGACAGGAGCGUCUGGAAUCGGCCACCGCGUGGCUGAAGGCCAAUAGCAAGAAGGGUUUCAUUGGCGAGUUCGCUGGUGGUGUCAACUCGGUCUGCGAGGCUGCCGUUGAGGGCAUGCUCGAGUACAUGAGCGAGAACAGCGAUGUCUGGAUGGGCGCUGAGUGGUGGUCUGCCGGUCCUUGGUGGGGAUCUUACAUGUACAGCCUGGAGCCAUCCACUGGCCCCGCUUACUCGACUUACCUCCCUAUCCUGGAGAAGUACUUUGUCAGUGGCUCUGGCUCUACCUCUUCGACUACGACUGCCGUGGCCGUAGCUGCCUCAACCUCGUCAACCUCCACUUCGUCCACCUCCACCUCGACUACCUCCGCCUCGAAAACCUCUGCUUCUACCUCUUCGACCUCCACUGCCGCUGAGCUUACCACUACCCCUAACAGCCAAGUCGAAGCCACCAGCCCAGCAGUCGACUCCGUAACCACCUCGAUCGUUACUGCGUACACUACCGCGUACACUACCUCCAUCGUCUCCGUCGCCGAGCCAACUACCGUUCCCGCCACAUCUAGCGCAACCACCCUUGUCGUCGCCCCAUCCACCACCCAGUCAGCUUCCAGCGCUUCCUCGACUGGAGCUCUCGUCGCGCACUACUACCAAUGCGGUGGAAUUAACUGGACUGGUGGCACCACCUGCGAGUCUCCCUACACCUGCAAGGUGCAGAACCCUUACUACUCCCAGUGCGUUUAA